AUGCCCUGGCAACAUCAGAGCGUGGAUCUCUGGGCCAAAAUUGGCAUCCUACCUGACAUCUCUCGGCCAUCGCAUAGAGGCACGGCGACGAUGCCAAGACCUCCUAGUCAGGUCUCUCCGUCAAGCUUGGUCUCGAAUCGCCCUCCUCUUGCACACUCGACCGCGGCUGGCCUCCCAGAUGGAUAUCCCAAACCGACCUGCCCAAUUGGCUCGCUGCCUGUCUCUGGUGUCACCUGCGUUUCAUGCCUCGACUGCGUCGCUGACUGCUUGGACCUCACGCUGAACAAUAUCCAGUCCCGCUGGGCGGAUUGUCUACAAUGUACCAUCGCUAGCCUACUCGUCCUUCGGCCAUCCCUUGGCGUUAUUCGGAGCUUUCCAGCUGGGCAAUCCCACCUCGACCACGACGAGCACCCCCUGCCUGCGCCUCCGUACCGACUCGAUCAAGAGCCUACCCCAGACGAUCUUUUCUUCUAUUUCUUCUUUAGCUGUGCUCGACUGGUAUCCUGUCUCUUCUCGGUUUUCUUCUCUCUCUUCUUCAAGAUUUUAAAAAGCUAUCUUCAAUUCUUCCGCUGGUCGUGUCCUUAUUAUACAACUCUACGCCUAUUACUUAGUGUCACCGUCUCGCAGACCACCCUUCGCCUCUUCCAAGAGCCGUUCCACCCGAAUCACACCAAGACAUACCGACUACCCGAACAGAUCGACAAGAUGGUCAACCGCUACAUCUUCGCCGUUGCCGGCCUGGCCGCUCAGCUCAACGCUCUGCCCUUGAACAUCAACUUGGGCGCUUAUUCACCUGCCUUGGUGGUGGGUGAUGGUGAAAUUUCAUUUGGCGGUAGAAACGACGUCUCCCAGUUGAUGAAUGUACUGGAGGGCGCCGCAGUUAAUGCUGCUCAAGGUGCUGCGAAUGCUCCGGCCGCCGCCCCUGCCGCUCCCGCGGCACCUGCUACCCCGGCCGCCCCUCAGCAGCCUGCUCAGCAAGCCGCUGCUUCAGUCGGAGGUGCUACGCCGGUGACUGCUUCGUCCGCGGACAACCAGAUCAACGAGGCCCAAGCCAUUGCAGCCCUCCAAGGAAUGGGCAAGGAGAUCGCUCCCCGUGUACAGCUUACCAAAGCCCGUCCCGCCGAGAAGCGCGAUCUCUCCGGUUUCGAUCGCGCUCUGAAGUACGCCGAGGCUGCCCUCACUAAGGGACCCAAGAUCCAGCUUGGCACUGGUCAGGAGGGCUCUGGUGUCGGCAUGAUCGUCGACAACAAUCAGCAAGCAGCAGCUCGUCCUGGAACCGGAGGCGCCGCUGAGGCCGCACCCGCUACCCCCGCUGCACCCCGCCCUGCCGGCGCUAUUGUUGCUCAGCAGAAGGUCAAGGCCCGCUCCGACGAGGCCCAGCAGCCCCCUCGCCGCCGUGCCAAGGUCACCACCAUGUACGUUCGCUCCGGCGUUCCUGCUGGCGUCGAGAUGACCCCUGAGAAGCUCGUUGCCCGCGAUCCUUCCGCCCCCGUUUCCCAAGUCGUCCCAGCCACCAACAACAACGUUGUCAAGCGCGCAGUUGAGGAGCUUAACUCACGAGGCGUCAGCGGCGGCGCCAUUGACACCGUCAACCUGAAUGUCAGCGGUGAGGGCGUCACCAUGACCUUUGUCGAGACUCAGGCCGACGAUGUGGAGGACGAGCAGUAG